AUGAACUUUUCCAUUCCUGAAAACCUAGAUUUUCAGCAGUACUGCUUUGAAAAACAUGGAUCAAUCGAAAAUCUAAUCGAUAAAGCCAAGAAGGGCGAAAUCGUUGCCCAAGCAGAUCUGGGAAUAGCGUACUUGGAAGGUUUUGGCGAUCUUUUGCCAAAAGACGAAGAUAAAGCGAUUGGGUGGCUCAAUGCUGCUGUAGAAAGAGGUUACGAACUUCCUGCAAUCCUUGAAAAACUGGGAGAAUUGCUAGAUCUGAAAGGAACGACACUAUGUCAGCGGAAGGCUUACGAAAUGUAUCACAGGGCCGCGAAAUUGGGGUCCACAAAUGCGCAAAUCAAUGUCGCGGAAAUGUACCGUUGUGGGGUCGAAGGAGUGGUGAACGAAGACCUGAAAGAAGCAUUUAAAUGGUAUAAGAUGGCCGCUGAGGAAGAUGAAAGUUGUCUCGAAGGCGAUACGUUCCGUAGGUGGUUUGCUGGGACAAUGAAAAUACCAGGGAACGCCCUUGGUGGUACAAAGCUGACUGCUCUAAAGCUAUUGAGCAAGUACUACCGCGAAGGUGAUUGUCCUGAAGGCCAACCGCAACCAGCUAAGGCUAUUUAUUAUCUGACAAGAGCGGCUGAAUUAGGCGAUGUUGAGGCACAGUUAGAGCUCGGACAGACCUAUCUAACCGGGAAUGGGACGUUGAAGGAUAUUGCAAAGGCAAGGCGAUGGCUAGGAAAAGCCUCUGCCAGUGGUGAUAUCAGAGCAAAACAGGUAAGCUUGGAUCGUAUGGGGCCUGUUCACAUGGGACGGGGGUGGGCGGGAGGGGGGGUCGAGGGAGGGGGAGAGGUAGGCGGGGGUGGAGGGAAGGGGAGAGACAGGCAAGAGCAAAGGGAAGGGGGAAGGGAGGGGAAAAGAAAGAAGAAGGGGAGGGGGGGGGGAAAGAAAAAGCCGGGGAAGGGGGAAAAAAAAGAGGAAAGGGGGGGGGGGGGGUGGGUGGGGGGGGUGGGGGGGGGGGGGGGGGGGGGGGGGGAGGGGGGGAGGAAGGGUGUGCCUGGGGGCACCAACGUUUUGAAUCAUUCUUUCGAAAAUGCAACCCUUCUGGAUAGGCUGCCCUACUGCUAUCUCCAUAUUACAUGGCGUUUUCAACACAAGGAGAGAAAUUUCGUAUCUCAAAGCUAAGUGGCCAUUAGACUUGCCACAAGUCGACUGCGUGAGCACCAAAGGGCGAGCAAAAGCGAGUGUCGAAGUCUUGAGAUGAGCGACGCAAUUCGCGAGUCCACCCAACCAGCAGAAACUUGGAAUGGGCUUUGAGAAAGUCUAAGUGGCCAUGUAAUAUUCUUUUUAUUAUAUAAACACCAAUGAAAUGCCAAAGCAUAUCACUUGAACUCUUUUUGCUGCGAAAGGUGCUAUUUAUUAUGCCAUAGCAAUGGUAAUCUUUUCACAUGUGAAGAUAACAUUUUUUUUUCACAUGUGAAGCUAUCAUUUUUUUGCGUGUAAGCUCACCUGGUAUUUCACUGGUGUUUAUAUAAUAAUAAUCAUUAUUGGUCAUUUAAAAUAUUUUGCCCAUUUCUGAUUGGCUCCAUUACCCCAGCGAUUCUUCAUAACCAACCAGUGCUGACCAAAUUUGGAAGAUGUGGGCAAUAUACCAUUGAUUUGACGGCAUAUUUGAUUUGAAACAAGGUUGCUUGAUGGUAUAUUUGAUUGGAAAUGAGGCUGCAUGGGCAAUAGACCAUCGAUCAACUUCAUCCAGGCUCGGAGGAUGUUAUCCAUAUCGGCCUUCAGCCUUGGUGGGUAGUAUCCUCCUUGAUCUGCAUAAUUCUUCUCAUCCCUCUCAGCCUCAUUCAUUAAUAAUUGCUAAUAAUAAUCCUUAUAAAAUGUACCAGUGGUACCUGCUGAACAGAAAAACAGUAGGCCUGAACAUAGUCUGACAUGUCACACAUCUCCACCCCCUAACCCGUGGGGGGCACGGGGGAGGGAGACGUCUGAAUUCCGUGCAUUAUAAUGCCAUCCGGUGAUGUCAUGACCUAGUAAUUUAUGCAUUUUUGCAUACAUUUUCAUUUCUUAACCAGUUGGCAGCCAUAAGUCACGUAACCAUGAACAGCAUGCAUAUGGUCGAUAUCAAGUGUGCUGUGUUUUGAGUGCCAUGAAGCUUGAUGAUAAAGCCUCCAGAAUAAAAUAAUGUACAAGGUCAUUUUAACUUUUUGAGUUUGAAAUGAAGUGUUGACAGGCUAAACAUGACUCGUAAGCUCAUGAUAGGGUGAAACAUGACCUUGGACUUGGAGUUGAACUAGAGAGGUUCCCUUUUUCCUUCUUUUGCUGAGGCUAUGACGUACACGGAGUAUUUUAAAUUCUGACUGAGCAAAUCUUACUUUUGCCGCUCUGAGUCUAACAUUUAGAGGUCAUGAAACUGGUCUGUUUCAUGCAUAUUGAGUAGUUAUUUCCUGUAAUUAUUUCCAUUGGCAAUUACUUUUGUUUUAGCUUAAUAGUCUAUGCAACUGUACUGGUAGUGCAUUUUUUGUUACAAGUGCCUAAAGCGAGACUGAGUUUCGGAAUUAAAAAGUUUAUUGUCAGUUGCUACUAUGGUAUAAGUCUUCACUUUGUGAAGAGAGGCUAACUCUAAGGUCACAUUUCACACAGCAAUAAAAUUAAUAGUCUCGUUGAGGCUGUCAACACUAUUUCAAACCGGAUGUUGUCCUUAGCACGUUUAGCCAAUAAUAAAAGGUUUUCUAUUUCGAAAAGGUAAUAGCAAAUCAGAAAAUACCUACCAUAUUCACAAAAGUAGGUGACGUCACCAGACAACAUUAUAACGCUUGGAAUUCAGAUGCCUCUCUCUGCCGCACCUCCUACGGGUUAGGGGGUAAAGAUGUGUGACAUUUCAGACUAGCCUGAACACAUCAAUGCUGUAAAAGAACUGCAGUCAAGGGAACAGAAAGGCCUUAUUAAUGAAGCUGAAGAGUAGAAACCAAAACUGUUGUUUGUGUCUUUGUGUCUUGUUUGUAAUAGCCACUCAGAAGAUAACCCCCAACUAUCAUGGAGUAGCCCGCGUAGCAAGCAUUUCCAAGUUAUUACGCAAAAGUUGGAGUGAGAGCAAAAGAAAUGGAAGAUCAAAAGGGGAGAGAAAAAACACCCCUUGAUAUUUCACGGCUCAGUUUAUUUAUAAAUUGACAGUUUGUCAACAUAGUAGCCAUUCACGUGAAUAAUAGACAGAACAGAUUACCAGAUUUGUUAAAUUUACUUUGUUCUCUUUGAAACAUGCUUUGCGCAAUUGCAGAAAACUAAAAUAAAAGUAGCGUAACGAUACAAGAAGGUUUAAACUCAGAGUGAUUGUUUUGGAUUUUCCUCUUGUAUUUUAUUAUUAACUUAAAUUUUGAAUGUUAUGUGGCUUUAUCUGUAGGGGUUUAUCGCAUGGGAAACCUUGUCAAAAUGUCACAAAGAAGUGAUUCAUGUCCAGAACAGUUCAGUCCUGCUAUAUGCUGUGAGGUUUGCAGAGUGGCUGCUAUGCUCAAUCUCCAAUUAUACUUAAUUUAAAGGGCUGCAAUAACAAUGCUAGUGAGGCCUUCUUUCAGGUCAGAUCUGAUAAACCUUCAUACAAACACAAUCCAAAAAAAUCGUCAGUCCAAAGCAUUUUUGUAUCUGCAAUGCAUGUAAAUAAAACAUACCUGGUUUUAUUGAUGUAUUGAAAGAUCGCUCUUUUAUCAACGCUACCAAUACCGCACCAAUCAGAAGCUGCAUUCUUGGGUGAACACAGUUUUUCAGAAUCGUGGGAUUUGCAUGCAAGUGUUUCCUUCUCUCCACUCCCCCUCCCCCCUCAUUGCUCUUUUUUGCUCUCGUCUCAACUUUCUCGACAAACUUGUGCGGAAAUGCCUGCUACUUAGUCUUAUCAUGCUCCAGGCAAAGUAAUUUGGUUAAUUAUCUGGGGCACCCACCCUCCAUAAUUUCGACUCAAGUCUCUGAAAUCUUAUUGUUAACAAAACUUUAACAACUUUAAUUUUUUUUGUCUAGAAUGAAACGUUGAAGUUUACAUUUUAACAGCAAAUUAGGGAGCACUUUUGAUUGGCCAGUUGACAUGAAAUUGAAGUUUCAAUGGGCCAAUCAAAAGUGCUCCCUAAUUUGUUGUUAAAAUGUAAAUUUCAAUGUUAUUGAUACAACUUCACUAGAUUCCCAGGGUUAGUUAAUUAGGAUAUGUGUUUGCUGCAAACUAAGAUUCUACCUAAACUGACAUAAAAUAAUAUAUUGAUACCCUUCUAGCCCAACCCCAAAGAAUGGCAACCUCUUUAAUGAAAACUAACAGAGCAGGCUCCAGAGUAAAUUCUUUGCCCCACCCCUAGGCCACAAGAUUAACUGAGCUUGUGAAAAAAUGGUAAAGUGAACACUUGUGUGGUUGGUUCAAUUGUCAAAAGGGGAUAAUUGUCAAAACACGUUCGAAGUUGUCUGCGAAUUUUUAAACUGAUGAUUAUAGGUUAUAGGUGGUUACAGGCAAUUUAGGUGUAAAUAUGUUAACUACUCAAAGAACAUAAAUUUAUGUUGCAAUAUGUUUUCUAUUUGCACUUAAAUCCCACCACAUUUGCUCUUUAGCACAAUACUCCUGUAUCCUAUUUCUUGUUUAUCAUUUAGUUUGGCUCAUCAGCUCUUCCAUUUCUCAUUUUUUAUUUAUUUAGCUUCUUGAACAAUGUAAACAGUGUGAUGCUUGUCAGGAUGAUGCUUCAUUACCUCAAGAGGAUCAGAAUCAACAAUUUGAAAUCGUAGAGGAGAAAAAGAAGCAGAGACGUGAGAAAAAUUUACACCCCUUUGCAAUUCCUCAGCCUGUUGCAUUUUCCGAGAAAAUGCUGAGUAAAUUUGAUUCUUACCCAACAGGAAGAAUACACCUUCAAGCCUUUAAACUUGUAAAGAGAGGAUUUGAAGUACUUUAUGAGAGUAAUUUUGGAGAUGGAAGAGGAAUUUCCCUCUUAGCUCAUGGCUUCUUGACUGAGACCUCUAUACUACAAGCUUUUCCACUCCAAUGUGCAAUAUUACCUCAGAUGUUUCAACUGUGUGAAAAAGAGUUGCAAAAAAGUCCUUGUUUCUUUGAAGGCCUUGUUAUAUCUUUUGCCUUACAGCCAUCUGUGGAACAGUUGUCUUCUGACAGCAGCAAACUUGACCGUAAGAAAGUAAUGUGCAUUAAAAACUUGAUUCAUCUAAUCCAAGAAGCUGAACCUAACAGAACUCCUGCUGAAGAUCCCUUCAAGUUUGACGAAGACUGUAGUAGCUGGCUUCAUGUUUUAUACUCGCUUUUGGGAGGACUUUAUGGUAUUGCAGGUGCCUAUAAGAAGGCAGCAGAAGCUUUUGAGCAUUCUCUUGAAUGUUGCCCAUCUUACUUUGACUCUAAAAGAGGGCUUGGAUAUUAUUUAAUGAUGUUACAUGAUUCUUAUGUGGGCUCUAUUACAAAAGAAUCUAGUAAGGAAUCUAGUGAAGUUGUAUCAAUGAAAAUCUCAAAAUAUGAAUCUUGGACCAAAAAAGAACUGAGAGACAGGGCAGAGAAGGUAUUGAAGGAGUAUCUGGCCGAGGCCCCUUCUUGCUGGAAGACAUAUCCAAACGUUUGCUAUUAUCUUGCACAUAUAUUUAAGUAUGACAACCUGAAAAAGUUCAGAAAGUAUUAUGAACUUGGACAAGAUGCUGAAGCAAGAAGGCUUCCUUUCCUUAAUCCAUUCAGACUGCCGCUGAAAGAUGAACUUUUGGCUGUAUACCAACAACAUUCAAAUGCUUCAAUUAGGUGCGGUAAUUCAGCAUGCACCAAAAAGGUUGAGGAAAACAAGUUGAAAUUCUGCAUCCAAUGCAGGAUUAUAAAAUACUGCAGCAAGUAAGUAGAGAGUUGUCAAGUUAAGCAUAGCCAGAAAAAGUUAAUUUAUGUUUAAUUUAGUAGAAGGCAACUAGCAUACUAUCACAAAUUCUGCAAUCUGAUUGGCUGAGAUACGAGGCCCUAAAUGUGGCUUUUCCAUCCAUGGCUAUUUCACCUGCCAUUCCAAGAAUCUUGUUUACCUGCAUAUCCUGUCGAUGAUGCCCUCCUCUUUACAUUGUUGAAACCAGGUGAAGCCUCAUGAGUCGUUUUGGUGAACAGUUGUGAAGUCAGUACACAACAACACUCCUGGGUUUCCUGUGACCCAACUUUUAAACUCCACAGGUCACAGUAUUUUUGAUGUCCAGGUGCAGGUUAUGGCAAUUAACAUCCAAUGGAAGCAGCGUGAAUGGUGCACACAAAAGGACUUGUAUAAUUUUAAUGUCAGCUUCCUUUAAAUUGUGGAAUGCAUAUAUGUGCAUGUGCUACUAUUUACACUCACAUGCACUUCGGAUCCAUUUAUCAUCUAAAGCCAAAUGCAUGGUUUAACGGUUUUGUGUAUACUGAGGAAGGGUUAUGCACCCAAAGCAGCUGCUUUUUUAAACAGGGUAUAAAGAAAGUCAGUUUUACAGCUUGCCUUUAGGGCAAGCUGUAGUUGGCAUGUACUUGCCCAAGAGUCAUUUUAACUAGCCUGAAAAAAUACUUUGAUGAGCAGGAUGGAUAACAGUUCUUCUGCAAUGUUCAUUCCCCAAAAAACUUCACUUGCUCAUCGGGCUAGUUAAGAACAGAAUUCACUAGCCCAAUAGCAAAAUCCACUAGCCCCGAGCUAUCGGCCACAACUUUCUUUGCACGCUGUUAAAGGCAUUUUUUAAUGACACUUUUUAUAUUUGUUGUAUAUGCAAUAUCAUUCUAUAUUAAGUUAUCUUAUUGCAAGUGGUUAACAACCUGGAACUCUUUUACAGUAUCUAGAGAUACCAUUGAAUGUUAAUUGUUUACAAACAUCGUGCGAUGUUUAGAAAUAUUUUUUCUCUAUAAUUAAGCGGCCACUUAGGUAGGUCCCAGGGGUGUCUGCUAAAAGAUAUCUUUUUCAAAUGUUAGUAUGCCUGGAUAGCUACGACAUUGCUUUUUUUAUUUAGUUUACAUGCUAGGCUAUUUGUAGGUAAGAUGAAUGGUCAUAUGACAACCAAAAGUUCUAAAAAAAGACUAACCAUUUUCCAUAAACAGUGGUGUUCUGCAUGGGUAUGCUGAAGUGGAAAACUGAUUUAGAGAGGGAGAGUUACGAAAUCUACCGUACAGAGAAGGAGUUCAUUUGAUGGUGCUUUCUAGACUGUUUGUGAAGAAGUACUAACUAGCACUCUCGUUUUUUUCAGAGAAUGUCAAAAGGCAGAUUGGAAGAAUCACAAAGCUAAGUGCACUACUGUGAAAAAAAAAGCAUUUAUUCAACUGUAA